AUGCCUCCCCUCCCCCUUCUCGCACUCAUCCUAACGUUUCUCCUUCCCGCACUCGCCGAAGUAGGACAAGAACGCGGACAAAGACAAAGACAAGGGAGAGAACAAAGAGGAGAACAGUUCUCAGAGUCUCUUACCCUUCGACCGCUGCUGGACGGGAAGGUACACACUAGGUUCGCAUUUGAGUUUAGCGCUGGGGCAGAGAGUGGGACUGGGAGAGAGGGCCAGUUAGCAGAUGGGGAUGAAGAUGGGGAUGGGGAUGGAGCAGAUGCAGCACUCCACACCACCCUCCUCCCGCUGUCACUCACCCAGCUCCUGAGGACAUACGACGCCCGCGAGCUACACCUGUCGCUCAACGCUGGGAAAUGGGACGCUUUACGCUGGGGGAACCCGAGUGGGGCGUUACGCACUGGGGGGGAGAUGUGGGCUUGGUUUGCCGGGGAGUCGGCCUUGGCAGAGCAAGAACAGGGGAAAGAGGGGGAGAGGGUGAACGCUGGCGAGGGGGAAGGAAGCCCCUGGCAAGGUCUGACUAACGGACUUGCCGGAUUGUUUUGCGCUAGCUUGAGUAGCCAGACCGUGCAGCGGACUACGGAGCCGCUCCACGCUUUCCGCCCCGAGGGGGACUUGCCUUCCCAUCCAGGGUAUAGGCUGUUUCACGCAGCCUUUCCCUCCGAAUCGGUCUGCACUGAGAACCUCACGCCCUUCCUCAAGCUCCUGCCUUGUAAAUCCCGCGCUGGGAUCGCGCAGCUGCUCAACCCGCACAAGGUGUUCAGCGCGGAUUGGCACGGUGUAGGCGUGCAUGUUUUGUGGAAGAACGAUACCCUUGGACUGGGGGGGAGGACGGAGUUACGUUUGGAGGUGAACGCGGUCUUUGACCCUGUGAGAGUGUCGGGCAAACGCGAUUGGUCCCUUCGUACGCUGUUUGACAGGUCUAUUACCCGCUCGUGCCCUGCCGCUUCGUCCUCCUUGCUCAAGGUGCACAUGCCAACAGGAUCGGCUAGCGGCCACCUGCUCUCCCCUCCCCUGGAGACGCUACUCACUGAUGGGGUGCCCGAGGUGGUAUACGACCUCUCUCAGGUAAGUGAGGACGUGGACAUCAGCAUGCGAUGGGAGGAAGACAAGUUCGACCACUCAAAAGCCCAAUUCAACCCCCCGGAACUGUCGAUCCGCCGCUCAUUGAAAGGCAGCUCCGGUCCCUCCCAGCUCAGCGUCAUUCUCUCCAACACGCUUCCCAUCCCGCGCAGAGUGCUCUACGUCGAGACACUACCCUGGUUCCUCAGCCUCUACCUGCACACGUUGCACGUUCAAGUCUCCGGCGUCUCCCGAGACGACCUCAUCCAAUCCCUCUCCUACCUCCCGCCCGUCUCCCCCAAACCGACGCUCCUCGAGCUCACGCUCCUCCUCCCUCCUCAAUCUGAGGUGCACAUCACGAUGCAAGUCGAGAAGGGAUUUAUAAGGUAUACGGAGCACCAGCCGGAUGCGAGCAGGGGAUGGGACCUCCCUGCCGCAGUAGUGUUCCCUCUCCCUCCUCUGGGGGCUAAGGACUCCCACUCCCUCCCCGAUUCGGCAGAAGGCUCGCAGCAGAGAAUAUACUCCUCGACGCUGCUCGUCGACCUCCCUACACCGGACUUCUCCAUGCCCUACAACGUCAUUAUCAUGUCCUCCACCCUGGUGGCGCUCUUCUUCGGGCACGUCUUCAAUUCCCUGACGAGGAAGUUUGUGCUGCUGAAAGUUGAUGCGGUGGAGCCGGAGAAAAAGGCCGAGGGGUCAUAGGCUGGUGCCGGUGGUCGGUUGGAAAACUAUGCCGGUCACAGGGGAGGAAGGCCGUUCGUCGGAGGCCGACCGAGGCAUCACCGAGGACGUCCGAGCUGCAUUUAGAGAAGCAACGGAGGUUUUCAUUCUCAUGACUCCGUCUAUAGAGUCUUAUAUUAUUUCAUAUA